GUUUUGCUGAAAAUUUUGGCUCUUACCCCUAGUGGUCAAAAUAAAUAAAUUCAAAUAGUGGUGGUGUUUGAUAAUUGGCUAUAGCGUUUGAUAAAUGCCAUCCGUUUUAUUACACCAUUAGUACUCUCCGGCAUUAAGUACAUAAGGAAUGGAAGUGUUCUUCAGCAUAAGUAGUCAUUAAUUGUCUAUUGUAUUAGCUCUCUAAAGAACCAGGGAGAACUCUGACAUCCACUCUAAAGUACAGAUUUCAGCACCCAGUUUUGCUGCAGUUGCUGUUUUAGGAUCCUGAUGACGGCACAUCCUUUGCGUGGUGAUCUUGUACCUUUUAUUAAAAUCUCUUACUGCUCCUUUACCACUUUAACCUCCCAUAAGAGGACACGCCAAACACCCAGCUUGUCCAAUCCUGCUUAGCUUUGUUCCUUUGUCUGCCUGUUAAAUCUAUCCAGGCCUUUCUUCACUUGUAAAUUACCAUAGGGCACAAGAUGUCUUUGAUGGAAGUAUUUAAUGUCUGGGUUCUAUUUUUUCUUGGUUCCCUUGUGUCCUUGGAUUUGGCCCAGGGAUUUGCGGUGCUUUUAGAUUCUUAUAGUUCCAGGGAUGUCCGCGGUUCCAUUUCUAGGUUUCUAUAGGUCCAGGGACUUGCCCCGUUCAUUUUCUAGGUUCCAAUAGGUCCAGGGACUUGCCUGGUUCUAAUUCUAGGUUCCUAUAGGUACAGGGAUUUCCCCGGUUCCAUUUCUAGGUUCCUAUAGGUCAAGCGACUUGCCCCAGUUCCUUUUCUAGGUUCCAAUAGGUCCAGGGACUUGCCUGGCUCCUUUUCUAGGUUCCAAUAGGACCAGGUACCUGCCUUCUUUUCCAGGUUCCUAUAGGUCCAGGGAUUUGGCACAUCUACUUUCCUGCAGAUUCUAGGUUCCAGUAGGUCUGGGGAUUCGGACCAUCCAAUUUCCUGCAGAUUUUAGGUUCCUAUUGGUCCAGAGAUUUGACCCACCUACUUUCCUGUAGGUUCUAGGUUCCUAUUGGUCCUGGAAUUUGGCGGACUUCCUUCCUAAAAUGUACCAUCUUGAUUCAAAACAUCUACCGUAACCCCCAAAACAGUGCACAGACGGCCGACGGCUCACACUACUAUUGCCCUCUUGAACAUUUACCGUAACCCUCAAAACACUGCCCAGUCUGCUGAUGGUUUGCGCUGUGCCGUCAGCGAUGUGGAGAUGCAGGAGCACUACGAUGAGUUCUUCGAGGAAGUCUUUGCGGAGAUGGAGGAAAAGUAUGGAGAGGUGGAAGAGAUGAAUGUGUGUGACAACCUCGGAGACCAUCUGGUGGGGAACGUCUACGUGAAGUUCCGUCGUGAGGAGGAUGCCGAGAAGGCUGUGAUGGAUCUGAAUAAUCGAUGGUUUAAUGGCCAGCCCAUCCAAGCCGAGCUUUCCCCCGUAACAGACUUCAGAGAAGCCUGCUGUCGCCAGUAUGAAAUGGGGGAAUGCACUCGUGGCGGCUUCUGCAACUUCAUGCACCUGAAGCCCAUCUCCAGGGAACUGAGGAGGGAGCUUUAUGGACGACGCAGGAAGAGCAGACAUCGCUCACGGUCGAGGGAACGCCGCUCACGUUCGCGGGAACGAGGUGACCGAGGAGAUAGAGGAGACCGAGGCCGCGGAGGAGGAGGUGGUGGGGGUGGGGGUGGAGGAGGUGGUGGUGGUGGUGGACGAGAUCGGGAGAGGCGUCGCUCCAGAGACCGAGAACGUUCUGGAAGAUUUUGAGCCACAACUGAUGAUCCAUGACCGUACCCUCCUCUUCCUCUUGUUUCUCCUUUUGCCUUGUCUGUUCUCCCAUCUCCUCUUUAUACUUUUAGCCAUUCUUCUCAUGUACACCUACCCAAUCCCUGCCCUCUCACUCACCCUCUACCAGACCCAACAAAGAAAGGUGUCGACCAAAACGAAUUUGAAAUUUUGACCUUGUUUAUUGUUCUCUCUUUUGAGCAUUUUUAUUCAGUCAUAUGAAGUCUUGUCUUCACAAUAAAAAAAUAAAUAAAAGGA